AUGCAAGAACAGGAGACUAGAGAACGGAAACCUUCCGUCGCCUCUGGGCACUCUGCCGCCUCGGCAUCGGCCGUGUCGGCAAAGUCGCAGUCAGCAUCUUCCCACAGCUCGGGCAGUAAUCGCAAGCCAACGGGUUUUACGAUUCCCGAUCCGGCGUCUGUCGAGGAACACGGCAGGACGUAUAAUGGCUAUCGUGAGGGCAAGUAUCUUCUUCCCAAUGAUGCCCUCGAACAAGAGCGCCUUGACCUGGCACACGAGAUGUGGCGUCUCCUGCUCUUUGGCGACUUGUCAUGGGUCCCCUUUGCCGAUGAACCCAAGCAGGUGCUCGACAUUGGAACAGGUACCGGUAUUUGGGCUAUCGAGUUCGCCCAGCAACACCCGGCCUCACACGUCGUAGGGACCGACUUGAGCCUUAUACAGCCGCCAGAAGGAAGCAUCCCUUCGAAUUGUACAUUCGAGCGCGAUGAUAUCGAGGAGGAAUGGGUCUUUGAUCGUACCUUUGACUAUAUCCACCUCAGGGCCAUGUUGACGUGUUUCAAUGAUCACGUCGGCGUGCUCCAGAAGAUUUACAACAAUCUACAACCAGAUGGGUGGGUCGAGUACCAUGAUUACGACCCGGGGGUAUUUGGCAAGGACGAGGCCAACCAGCAGGCUCUCAUGGGGUCGCCCCUGUGGGAUUGGUGCCAGCGAGUCUUCAAUGGCGCGAAGCGAUUCGGGCGAGACAUGUUCAUUGCCAGACGUUACAAGCAGCUGCUUAUCGACACGGGCUUUGUAGAUGUCACGGAGAAGAUACUACUAGCUCCCAACAAGCCGUGGCCCGAAAAUCCCCGAGAACGUCGGAUUGGACAGUACAUGCAGGCCAACAGCCUGGAAAUGAUUGACGGUGUGAGCGCCAAAAUCUUCCAGGCAGACGGAAUGUCUCUAGAGGAGGUUGAGAACCUGAUAUCCAAAUGCCGUGAGAGUUUUCAGAGUAAAGAAUUGCACCUCUAUUCGCGAAUAUACGUCGUGUAUGGACGGAAGCCUCGGGAAGAUGAAUUGCCGCCAAGGCAUCGAGAUGAACAGUCCGAAGUGCCACAAGUACCAGCAGACAAAGUUCUCGCCACACAAACGAUCGAUGGAGGCGAGUCAGAUGAGGCUUCGAGCAUGAAAGCACCUGGAGAAGCCGUCAAAAACCAGGCAGAUGCUCCAGUCAUGGCCCAUGCGGCUGUCCCAGAAGUAACAGUAGAAGUAGGGGGAACACCAGCUGUGAGCAUCUCCGAGGGAGCACCAGAGCCUGAAGCCCGGGGAUGUGUAGCUGGGGCGACCUUACCACUAAGUAAAAGGGGCAUUACAGUGAAUCCUGUCUCGCAAGAUAACAUUGAAGAAGCAGAACAUGCAAAGUAG